CAAUUUCACUCUUACACAAAUUCUCAACAAAAGAAAAGAAAAGGAAAUGGAAAGGACAGUGAAAUGGAUCAAUGAUUUGACCCGGGAAGGGAAUGAUAUUGUUCAGUCAUGAAGACGAUAUAACUAUCAAGCGAGCAACAGUAACACUCUUCUUUUUAGACAUUCGUCUGUCUUCUGUAAUGUAAUAAGAAGAUCCUAAAUUAAUUACCACCAUCCAAAAUCUCUCUAUUUGUCUCCCUGGUAUAAACGACGACAAGUCGCCGCUAUAUCUAAUCAACUACAGCGUCAAAAAGAGAAUCCUUUUAAGUUAACAAACAUAAAUUGUUCAAUAAAGAGAAAAAAAAUCAAUGGCGGCCAUAAUUUCAUAAUCUAAUCUCUCUCUCUCUCUCUCUCUAUAAAUAUAUUUCUAUAUCCUCACAAAUUUGUUGUUUUUGGCGAAACCCUAAUUUCAUUUGUUUCGAGCUUUCUCAAUCCAGUCAAAUGAUGGUCUAACUUGAUUUUGCUUUGGAUAAAAAAAAAAAAAAGUCCUAGAUUGGGGAUCAGGUUAUAGGGGUUAGAACGGCGCAGUUUAUCUGGCAAAAAUGGGAGAGCCAGGUCAAAUAAAACGAGCACUGAUUGAUACAACUGCUGGAGCAAUCUCUGGUGCUAUAUCGCGUACCGUUACUUCUCCUCUUGAUGUUAUUAAGAUCAGAUUCCAGGUGCAACUGGAGCCCACAUCAUCAUGGGCAUUGGUUCGUGGAAAUAUGAUUGGACAAUCAAAGUACACUGGAAUGUUACAAGCAGCUAAGGAUAUUUUUAGAGAGGAAGGUUUGCCGGGUUUUUGGCGUGGCAAUGUCCCAGCUUUACUCAUGGUUAUGCCAUACACUGCCAUACAGUUUACUGUGUUGCACAAGUUGAAAACUGUUGCUGCUGGUUCUUCAAAGUCAGAGAAUCACAUUCAAUUGAGUCCUUACCUCUCUUAUAUUAGUGGAGCAUUAGCAGGGUGUGCAGCUACAGUUGGAUCAUACCCAUUUGAUCUUCUAAGAACCAUUUUAGCUUCACAGGGUGAACCUAAGGUCUAUCCAACAAUGAGAUAUGCGUUCAUUGAUAUCAUUAGAACUCGUGGCUUCAAAGGCUUAUAUGCUGGAUUAUCACCAACUCUUGUUGAGAUUGUCCCAUAUGCUGGCCUUCAGUUUGGCACCUAUGACACCUUUAAACGCUGGAUGAUGGCCUGGAACUGUCGCAGGUCUUCUAGUACAAGCUCAACCUACAUUGAUAACAGUCCUUCAAGCUUUCAGCUUUUUGUUUGUGGAUUAGCUGCUGGGACAUGUGCCAAACUUGUCUGUCAUCCUCUUGAUGUGGUAAAGAAAAGGUUCCAGAUUGAAGGACUGCAGAGGCAUCCAAAGUAUGGUGCUCGAGUUGAGCACCGGGCUUACAGGAAUAUGGCUGAUGCCCUGCGACGAAUCUUACAGGCAGAGGGCUGGGCAGGUCUUUACAAGGGAAUUCUGCCGUCCACCAUCAAGGCUGCACCAGCUGGUGCUGUAACAUUUGUAGCUUAUGAAUUUACAUCAGACUGGCUAGAGUCUAUUUUAACUUGACCUUACAGUAAAUUUUUGUUUUUUGGUUUGCCAUUUGCUAUUUGUAUUGUUAAUUUUUGGGGUCAUUUCAUUCUUUUUCUUGUAACCUUAGAAGGCCCACAUAGAAGAAUAUGGGGAUCACAUGUAUCUCCCUUGACUUAGUCAGUCAACCAUUAUAUACGUUGUUAAUUGUAGAGCAAGGCGAUGAGAACAAUAUAGAUUUAGAGCUCAUUGGGAAAAUUUUUUUAUAGGUCUUUCUGAAAUUGAAAAUAAAUUAUAUUUUUCUACAAAUCCAA